UGUUGGCCCAACAGGCAUCCCGUCAUGCUCGCGGACCGAGCGCUACGUCAGCAGUGAUACAGAAACAUGGCGGUGUCCGUGGCACAGUACCCGGCUGCCAGCGUUCGAAUGUUGAUAUUAAGUUUCCUCGCAACGUUAAUUCUUCAGCGAGGCGUCGCCGACGUCACCCCAGGUGCCUCGGCUUCGGAGGAGCCUCCUCACCGCCGGUUCGAGUACAAAUACAGCUUCAAAGGUCCUCACCUGUCUCAGAGCGACGGCGGGAUCCCGUUUUGGAUCCACACUGGAAAUGCUAUUCCAAGUGCAGAUCAGGUGCGCAUUACUCCAUCCCUCAGGAGUCAGAGAGGCGCCGUUUGGACAAAAAACAAGGUCAACUUUGAACACUGGGAAGCCGAGGUGACCUUCAGGGUAUCCGGAAGAGGCAGGAUGGGAGCGGACGGUUUGGCUGUGUGGUUCACAACUGAACAGGGCCUUGAGGGCCCGGUUUACGGAGCUGCUGAUAAGUGGGAUGGAGUGGGAAUCUUCUUUGACUCGUUUGACAACGAUGGAAAGAAAAAUAAUCCAGCUAUAAUUGUUGUUGGCAACAAUGGCAACCUUGUUUAUGACCACCAAAAUGACGGCUCCACGCAAGCCCUUGGAACAUGUUUACGAGACUUCCGCAACAAGCCCUAUCCUGUCAGAGCCAAGAUAGUAUACUACAAAAAGACACUGACAAUCUUGAUCAACAAUGGAUUCACUCCAGACAAAGAAGACUAUGAGUUCUGCACUAAGGUGGACAACAUGAUCGUUCCUUCAGAGGGCUUCUUUGGCAUUUCAGCUGCCACUGGUGGUCUGGCAGAUGACCACGAUGUUUUGUCCUUCUUGUUAUUCAGACUCACUGAACCAGGCCAGCAACCGCCCCCAGUUGAUUCUGAAAUUCCUAAAGAGGAGAAGGACAAGUACCAGGAGGAAUUUCAAAACUUCCAGCAAGAGCUUGAUAAAAAGAAAGAGGAGUUCCAGAAGGAGCACCCAAAUGUCCAAGGAGAGCCAAUUGAUGAUUUGUAUGAAAGUGUGAAUGACCGGGAGAUCCGUCAAGUGUUUGAAGGCCAGAACCGCAUCCACCUGGAAAUAAAACAGCUUAACCGGCAGCUGGCUAUGAUCCUGGACGAGCAGCGGCGGUAUGUCUCAGUUCUCACGGACGAGGUUGCCAAGAAAGCGGCGACUGCAGGAUCAGGACAGGUGGACCCGGCAGCCAGCCAGCAGCUGGGCUCCAUCGUAGCCACGCAGCAGGAGGUCCUCAGGAACCUGAACGAGCUGAGGAGCUCUUUCCACGAGUCACUGAAGCAGAUUGGCUCUGCCCAGCCGCAGGCUAAUGCAGGCGGCAUGGGGACAUACGAGACUAUGCAGCACUUCAACGACAUCAAAGAGCAUCUGCACUUAGUGAAAAGAGACGUGGAGCACCUGGUCCAGCGUAAUGUUCAGAAUCCUGCUGAGAAAGUUGUGAAGUGCCCCGAGGUGCCUCCCAUGCCUUCCUGCUUAUCUACUGUUCAUUUUGCAAUAUUUGUAGUCAUCCAGUCCGUGCUUUUCUUCUGCUACAUCAUGUACAAAAGUCAACAAGAAGCAGCCGCAAAGAAGUUCUUUUGAUGAAACAAGUGUGUACCUGAGGGAAUGUCCUUUUUUUCGUAAUUUACUUUUUCUUUUUCAAUUUAUUUCAGAUUGUAAGUUAUUGUACUUGAAAAAUAUUGGUUUUGUUGAAUACGUUUUUUAAUUGAUAGAUUUUUAAUUUGAUCAGUAAGAUGUGUGUGAAUGCUGGUGUGAGACCUGCUGUUCUGGAUUUCCAACAUGAUGUAACAUUAUCCUUACAGUAUUUCUGGUUGGUCAGAACCUUAGUUUAUUUUCAAAAGCUGAAAUCUGCCACCCUCCCAUUACACGAGAUAAAAAAAAAAGGAACCUGUGUUUUGAAACAUGCAAUUUUGUAUAAAAUACUGCAGAUUGUUGUCUGACAUGUCCUCUGCCUGAACAAUUUACAUAAACAGUUGACACAAAUUACUCUGUGACCGCUCCUCAUUUAUUUAUUUAUCUCAGUGAAAGAAGCAUCUUCAGUGCAUGCAGAAUGAAUCCAAUGCCGAGUAACUUGCCGUCUUUCAUCAGCAAGCGCUUCAUCAUCAAACUGCUGCUUGAUACUUUUUAGAGGACUUGCAGCAUUCUGUAAUUCUAAUUUUUUUUAAACUGUUCAGUUGCCUAAAUAUAAUGUUUCU